AUGACUCCUUAUAAGGCCAACGGAACCGCCAAAAUUGCUGUCGCCAGCUCCCUGUGUCCUUUACAAAUCCCCAACCCGCACAGCACCUCAUUCGACCCAAAGCGAGGAAUGGCGCCUGACUUUUACUAUCUCUUCCUAGGCUUUGCGGGAUUAGUGACUCUGGCAUCACUAUGGAAUAUGUGGGGUGGAGAUAUAUUCCCUGCCGAGGGUGAUCCUACGGGUGAUCCGGAAUACUGGACCGAAACAGAGUUGAGGCGGUGGCUGAAGCUGGUCAGAGCUUUUGGAACGAGUCAAGGCGAAUAUGAGACCGCAGACGACUUCUUUGAACGCCGAGCGACGGGGCUGACGGGCAACAUGAUGAAGACCGCAAAUGAAACUGACAUUUCAUGGACAGAUGGAAAGGUAUUGCAUGGAUUAUAUUUCAAGAUUAAAGGACCGGGGGCUGCAGGUGGGAGUGAUUUAAAGGUGAUUUCGAAUGUGAAUGAACAUAUGCUCUAG